GAUUUAAAAAUUAAUAUCUCAAUGGCCCUAUCAAUGUGUACAUAAAUGUGAAACUUCCCUCUUCUUCUCCAUUGGAAUCCCCAAAGCCAAAGAAGGCCAACCACCGUUCUGCGUCACGGUGGCGCUUAAUUCUCACGGCGGAGCGCCUCACCGGUGGCAGACGGUGUCGUGAUUCCUCUCCUUAAGAUUUCAUCAUCUCUCUCUCUCUCUCUCAACCGUCGUGUGUCUAGAGUAAGAAGCUGAGAUGGGACAGAGCAUGAGCUGUGGAGCGAGACCGGAGCACGGGAUAUUCGCCUCCGUGCAGUGCGGCGACAUCGUUACUGUUCGCCGUCUUAUGGCGGCGGAUCCGAGUAUUUUGCAUCAGACCACUGCUUAUGAUCGUCACUCCGUUCUCCAUGUCGCUGCUGCUAGUGGCCAGAUCGAGAUUUUGUCGUUGUUAUUGGAACGAUUUACGAAUCCUGAUAUGUUGAAUCGUCACAAGCAGACUCCGUUAAUGUUGGCUGCUAUGUAUGGGAGGAUCUCAUGCGUGAAGAAGCUCGCUGAAGUUGGAGCUAAUAUUUUGAUGUUUGAUUCUGUCAAUCGAAGAACAUGCUUGCAUUACGCAGCAUACUAUGGACACGCUGAUUGUGUUCAAGCCAUUCUCUCUGCUGCUCAGUCAAGUCCUGUUGCUGUUCAUUGGGGAUAUGCUAGAUUUGUGAACAUAAGAGACGACAAGGGAGCAACCCCGUUGCAUCUAGCUGCCAGGCAGAGACGGCCUGAGUGUGUGAAUGUUCUGUUGGGCAGUGGUUCUCUUGUUUGCGCAUCUACUAGCGUUUAUGGGUCUCCAGGGAGCACACCUCUUCAUUUGGCAGCAAGAAGCGGAUCUAUCGAUUGUGUCAGAAAGCUGCUUGCUUGGGGUGCUGAUCGUCUUCAGAGAGACGCUUCUGGGAGGAUACCGUAUGUGGUUGCCAUGAAACACAAGCACGGAGCAUGUGGAGCGUUGCUAAACCCGUCCUCUGCAGAGCCUCUUGUUUGGCCAUCGCCAUUAAAGUUCAUCAGCGAGCUUAACGACGAGGCGAAACUGCUCCUAGAGCAGGCUCUUAUGGAGGCUAACAGGGAGAGAGAGAAAACCAUCCUCAAGGGAACUGCUUACUCGUUGCCAUCUCCAACUUUCUCCGACACUGCCUCAGAUGAUAACAUGUCCGAGGUGAGUGAUACAGAAGUUUGCUGCAUUUGCUUUGAGCAAGCAUGCACGAUAGAAGUGAAAAACUGUGGUCACCAAAUGUGCGCACAAUGCACACUUGCACUUUGCUGUCACAACAAACCGAACCCAACGACUUCAACCGUGACACCACCGGUCUGUCCGUUCUGUAGAAGUGUCAUUGCUCGGUUGGUGGUGGUCCAAAACAACAACAACGACAAGAGCAAGAGCCAAGAUGAAGUUGUUGUUGUUGAUGCAGCAGGUGAUGUUAGCUCUUCAAAACUGAGAAAGCAAAGAAGAUCGAUGAAUCUUGGAGAAGAAAGCAGCAGUUUCAUGGGACUAUCAACCAUUGGAUCGUUUGGUAAGAUAACCGGCCGUGGCUCGGGAAGGAUCGCAGCCGAGAACGAGCUGAUGGACAAACCGAUCUUGUGAGGACCGAUUCACACAUUUUGGGUGGAAAAAUUGGGAUGAAAAUUUGUGAGAAUGUAUAAAAUAUAGUUGAAUUUCUGUAGAUCUUUUGUUUUGGUGGGGAUGGAGAUUGAAAUAAGGAAAAAAAUGAAGUGAGUUUAUGUAAUGCAAUGAUUUGUUGUUUCUUUGAUAAGUUUGGCAAAAAAAUUGUUUGUUGUUAUUAUUUGGUUUCUUGAAAUGAAAGUGAAGCU